CCGGAAGAGUGUCCACAUCGGUGGCUGGCCACCAACAGAGAUUUUCUUAAAGAACGCCGGCAUGCCUCUAGAACAAACCACGAGACAUUUCAACCACCUUCCGCGUUUUGGAUUGAGGCUGAUUUAACGCUAUUCAUUCCUUUGCGAAAGUUCCUGUCACUCCAGAACCCAUACCUGCACAAUGGCUCCGCAACCGAUUCCAUUCCCAGGCUUCACCCCGAUAUCUGAUCGGGUAUACAUCCGCAAUGGCCAAGAGAAAACUAGACCAGCCCCGGCCGGCGAGCCAACAACCAUCAUUAUUUCCGGCUGGGGUGACGGCAUGCCAAAAUACGUCUCCAAGUAUUCUGACGGCUACCAUGAGCUCUUCCCAUCUGCCCGGAUCAUCGUGAUCCUGUCGCGUACCCUCCAGGCUUCAAACCAGCCCGAAGAUGCUCGAAUCGAGGCCAUGAUGCCGGUCGUCGACACGGUUUUCCCAACCCCAAUGGGUAGCGGCGGCGAUGAAGAGCGCGUCCUUGUGCAUGCCAUGUCAAAUACGGGUGCGAUAUUCGCUGCCGCUGUCGUCGUCGCCUAUCAGCAACGCCACGGCACAGACAAAACAUUUCCUCACAAGCUAUUUGUUUUUGAUUCCACACCUGGGAGUCUUGACUUCGCAUCUCAAGUUGGCCGCUGGUCACACGCGAUGGCGGUGGGGACGGCAAAGUUCUUCCCUUGGCCGUUCGUUAUCACGCAGGGCUUGUGGUAUGCCUUCCUCUGGGCGAAUUGGGCCUGGGAAUGCCUUCGAGGCUCGGAGCCCGCGGGUGUCUGGGCAAAUCGGGUGAUGAAUGAUGGGUCAAUCAUUUCGACCGAAUCUAGCAGGCUUUACUUGUACUCCAAGGAAGAUGAGAUUAUUGGAUGGAAGGACUUGGAGGAGAAUGUAGCCCAGGCCAAGACUUUGGGUUACCGGAUCGAGCUGGAGAUGUUUGAAGGUUCUUCGCAUGUCGGGCAUAUGAGGCUGCAUCCUGAACAAUAUUGGAAUAAGGUUUCCAGCUGCUGGAAGCAGGCACUGGUGGAGAAAUAAUCUGCGGAGUAGAUUGGAUAGAUUGCAUCAAGAAACAGUUGUAUUUUUAGCUUGGACCAUGC